AGCCCUGCAUCCCUGCCUGUUUGGUUUGGAACACAGCCCUGCAUCCCUGCCUGUUUGGUUUGGAACACACCCCUGCAUCCCUGCCUGUUUGGUUUGGAACACAGCCCUGCAUCCCUGCCUGUUUGGUUUGGAACACAGCCCUGCAUCCCUGCCUGUUUGGUUUGGAACACAGCCCUGCAAACACACAACUACUGUUGUUUACACAAUCCACAAAUUGUCUACUUAUAAAUGUGGGCAUAAUUUGGAAGCUUGUCCUAUUGCCAACAUGACGAGAUAAAUGAUCAAAUACUAUCUUACAGUUUUAGGCAUUCACAAGGCAAUUCAGAGAAGCAGGUUGUAAUUUUGGUGUCAUGCGUGCAUUCCUAUGCGAUGUGUGGUCAGCGCCAAAUGUUCUUCACAAUACACACACAGGCUCAUCCUGUUCAGGACAGGCCAGGGUACGACGCCGUGUCAUCCUGUUCAGGACAGGCCAGGGUACGACGCCGUGUCAUCCUGUCCAGGACAGGCCAGGGUACGACGCCGUGUCAUCCUGUCCAGGACAGGCCAGGGUACGACGCCGUGUCAGGACAGGCCAGGGUACGACGCCGUGUCAGGACAGGCCAGGGUACGACGCCGUGUCAGGACAGGCCAGGGUACGACGCCGUGUCAGGACAGGCCAGGGUACGACGCCGUGUCAGGACAGGCCAGGGUACGACGCCGUGUCAGGACAGGCCAGGGUACGACGCCGUGUCAGGACAGGCCAGGGUACGACGCCGUGUCAGGACAGGCCAGGGUACGACGCCGUGUCAGGACAGGCCAGGGUACGACGCCGUGUCAGGACAGGCCAGGGUACGACGCCGUGUCAGGACAGGCCAGGGUACGACGCCGUGUCAGGACAGGCCAGGGUACGACGCCGUGUCAGGACAGGCCAGGGUACGACGCCGUGUCAGGACAGGCCAGGGUACGACGCCGUGUCAGGACAGGCCAGGGUACGACGCCGUGUCAGGACAGGCCAGGGUACGACGCCGUGUCAGGACAGGCCAGGGUACGCGCCGUGUCAGGACAGGCCAGGGUACGACGCCGUGUCAGGACAGGCCAGGGUACGACGCCGUGUCAGGACAGGGUACGACGCCGUGUCAGGACAGGGUACGACGCAGUGUCAGGACAGGCUAGGGUACGACGCCGUGUCAGGACAGGGUAACUGUACAUCAAACAUAGGGAUCAUAAACGUUGACACUGUAUGACAUGAGUCACAUUUGGACUUGUGUUUGGACGUGUGUUUGGACGUGUGUUUGGACGUGUGUUAUAAACAUAAACGUCUCAUCUUUUCUCAUCUUUUCAAAAUACGUAGAGUCCUCGUAAUUUACAGCAAUUCCCUCACUCAAAGUGUGCAAAAGUUGCCCAAUUAGCGGGACGGAUGGGGGAACUUCUUGUGCUCUAGUUCAGAACAGCUGUCAGGCAAAACCCAUACAGCGCUGUGAAGCUCAGAGCCUGAGCAUGUUACUGUACAGCCACUGCGUUCCAAUUUCAGUGCUUCUCAGUGUCCAGGUCUGCCGUUAUCAACCUGUGUAUGGGUAUGAUUGUAGAGUGUUAUUGGUUCUCUGUUUGUCUGGGUACUGUACGACUUGGGGGCGGCAGGGUAGCCUAGUGGCUAGGCCAUUGGACUAGUAACCGGAAGGUUGCAAGUUCAAAUCCCCAAGCUGACAAGGUUCUGCCCCUGAACAGGCAGUUAACCCACUGUUCCCAGGCCGUCAUUGGAAAUAAGAAUUUGUUCUUAACUGACUUGCCUAGUAAAAUAAAGGUAAAAUAAAAAUAAUAAACUUCCCAAACUGCCAGUGAUUCCUGACAAUUGUUUGUGUCUGUAGGAACAUAGCGGAGAAGCCUAAGGAGGUGUUGUUCACCCUACAGAAGAGGUAUAUCCAGUGUUGGAGCCAGGCCUCUACAGAGACGGGUUACGUUAACAUCAAGGAGCUGGC